AUGUUUAAUAAUGUUCAUAUUUUAGGGAGAUCAAGAAGAGGGCGAGGACGAGGUCGAGAUCGUGGUCGUGGUCGAGGUCAAAGUUCAACCUUGGAUCCUAAUUAUAACAAUGCUAUUGACGCUUCUGGUCCAAGUAACUAUAAUGAUGAUGAUGACCAGAAGAAGUCGGCUCAUAGGGAACUUGAACGUCAAAGAAGGCAGGAAAUGUCUAAUCUUUACUCAUCUCUCCGCUCUGAGCUUCCUAAUGAAUAUAUUAGGGGGAAGAGAUCUGCAAGUGAUCACAUAGCACAAGCAGUGAAUUACAUAAAGGAUUUGGAGAAGAAUGUAAAGGAUCUUUCAAAUAGAAGAGAUGAGCUUAAAGCAAGCCCAGAAUGGGCUAAUCCUACCUAUCAUGUGGGAGGAUCCAGCAAUCCUACACCACGUCCUGGAAGUGUUAUGAUUAAUCCACGUAUUGGUGGGCUUAGUAUAGACAUUGAUGUUGCCUAUGCAGAUGAUAACUUCUCUCUUUCAACUGCACUUCAACUGCUUUUUGAGGAAGGGUUAAGUGUUUCUACCUGCACAUCAACCAAAGUCAACGACAGGAUUGUUCAUAAUAUAUUAUGCGAGGUGACGGAUAUAUCAUGCAUAAAUUUCAGUCGAAUCCAGCAGAGAUUGAUUAACCUUGUUUCCUAA